AUGGCUCCCUUGAUAUCCCACCUCUACACGGCCGACCCGUCGGCGCAUGUCUUCAACGACAGGAUCUACAUCUACCCGUCGCACGACCGCGAGACGGACAUCAAGUUCAACGACAACGGCGACCAGUACGACAUGGCCGACUACCACGUCUUCUCCACCGGCAGCAUCGACCCCGCCGAGCCCGUGGUUGACCACGGCCUGGCCCUCCGCGCCGAGGACAUCCCCUGGGUGUCCAAGCAGCUGUGGGCGCCCGACGCCGCCACCCGCGACGGCAAGUACUACCUCUACUUCCCGGCGCGCGACAAGCAGGGCAUCUUCCGCAUCGGCGUCGCCGUGUCCGACAAGCCCGAGGGGCCCUUCACGCCGGACCCGGAGCCCAUCAAGGGCUCCUUCAGCAUCGACCCGGCCGUGUUCGUCGACGACGACGCCGCCGGCCAGGACGCGUACAUGUACUUUGGCGGCCUGUGGGGCGGCCAGCUGCAGUGCUACCAAAAGGGCAACGACGUGUUCGACGCCUCGCUCCAGGGCCCUCACGAACCCUCCGGAGAGGGCGUGUACGCGCUGGGGCCGAAGGUGGCGCGCCUGACGCGCGACAUGCGCCAGUUCGACGAGGAGGUACGCGAGAUCGAGAUCCUGGCGCCCGAGACGGGCGAGCGCAUCCUGGCCGACGACCACGACAGGCGCUUCUUCGAGGCCGCCUGGAUGCACAAGUACAAUGGCAAGUACUACUUUUCCUACUCGACCGGCGACACCCACUACCUGUGCUACGCCGUCGGCGACUCGCCGUACGGGCCCUUUACGUACGGGGGCAGGAUCCUCGAGCCCGUCUUGGGCUGGACGACGCACCACUCCAUCGUCGAGUUCAAGGGCAAGUGGUAUCUGUUCCACCACGACUGCGAGCUCAGUGGAGGAGUUGAUCAUCUGCGGUCCGUAAAGGUGUGCGAGAUCUUUUACGACAAGGAUGGCAACAUGUCGACGCAGAAGCCGGCCGAGUAG